UGCUCCAUAUGGCAAUCAGAUGGUGUUUCUAUCGUAAUCCUUUGCCUUACUCACGCUUGCUUCGCUUGUUACAGCAGGUUACAGCAGGCCUUGAUAACGACUAUUAAGUACGAUCGUGUUGUCACUUGAGCAGCCUACUCACUUCCUUGAUUACUCCAUAACACUCGUUUGUUUCUGCCCCGCCCCCCUUCCCCUCGUUAUUCCGAAGCUUCCAGCUACGACAAGACAGCAAUGGCUUCCAGAGGCAUGUUCAAUUCUGUAUCUGUAUCUGAGUGUUGCUAUCUAUCGUCAUCGGGGAUCAUCUCAGGGGAAUGUCAAACCCCUUCCUCGUCUUCACAAUCCCCUGUAAUCGCUUGUCCUCACCCUGACGUGGCUAUGCCAAAAAUUCAAUCCUCUAGUCAUGCGCUUUUCAACCGACCUUCCCAAUCCCCCUCUUCCGCUCGUAACUCCACCAGUCACAGCAUGAUGAUCUCGUUGCCAUCCUUGUUGAGUCUACCUGUGACGACCACAUCAUCCUCGUCGUCUUCAUUUACGACCAGCAGCUCUGCCACAUCACAUAUUGCAGCCACGCGAAGAGAUAUUGGUGGUGGUAAUGUUGAUGUUAGUGGUGAUGGUAAUGGUAAUGGUAAUGGUAAUGGUAAUGGUGAUGGUGAUGGUAACGGUAACGGUAACGGUAACGGGAAUGGUAACCCCCCUGAGAAGCCUACAUCCCUUCCGACGCCAGCACCAUCUUCCGCGACCACUGAAGACAACAAGCCGACAACCAAGACCAGCAGUAACGGAACACCACCUAGCCAUGAUUCAUCUGAAACGACGGCAAUAGAUGCGCCGAUCAUAUACUCUCCAGCAGCGACCGUCACUUCAUCUUCUGUCACGUCAAGUGCGCAGGACGUCUCCAUUGUCCUUACAACAGUGAAUGGAAUGCCAAUUACAGCAAUUGUCAGUGGCACUUUGACCACUUUAGUUUCACCAGCUACCACUCAACAACCCCACCAACUCGUUUCACAAACUUAUACAGCGGUGACCACUGUCACUUCCCAAUGGACCUCUGAGGGGCAAACUUACAAGACGACGAUGACGUUGGGGCCUGGGAGUGUCAAUCCUUCGCCCACUGAACCUGCCACAACCGCUAUGUCUACAUCUAACACCAGUCUUCUUCCAGUGAUAUUGGGACUAGUUCCCGGAAUCGCCCUUCUUGUCGCCCUCAGCGUACUAUUCUACAAAUACUGCAUUCGCCGCCGCCGAGGCGCUGGGUCAUACCCUCAGCCUCCACCAGAUCAUGAAAACCAACAUGACUGUACAGAGUCGUUGCUACGGGGCCCAGCUCCACUGAUCGCAACACCAGCUAUACCGCGGCUGGGAAGACGCAUUACUGCUCCCCCACCUGUGAGAACGAGAUCCGCCUGGCCAUCAUCAUGGAUAUGUCGCUCAGCGGACAAUUCAUCGCAGAUCAGUGAGGGAGUAUCGAACCCUUUUGCGGAGGGUUCUAUCAGAGUUUCUUCACGGACCACUGCGCCUCCACGAACCAACAACUCUGUGGAAACCGCUUCCACCCAAAUGCUAUUUAACUCUGACGUGGAGUCAACCUUGUUCGAGAGCAGUACGCUUCAUACAACCGACAUCUCGGAGUUGAAUAUUCUUACUCCCAUUCCCUCGAUUGAUGCGAGGUCGACAUAUUCGUCGUUUAUUUCUCCCACUGGUCACUAUCGCGAGCGGCUGCGCCGACCUGACGGAUCGAGGGAAGACAGAAUAGAGAGGACAUCAAUGGGCGUUUCUCCCGCUAGUGGGCGCUUGAGGGCUCUAUUGGACGAGGCAUGUGGGAAUUAGGUGUAGAAUACGGUUGAUAAACAUUCAGCACAAUAAUUUAAACACGCCCCAAUUGGCAAGUUGAAGACCUUACGGUCUACU